CACACACACACACACAAAAAAAAAACGACCAGGCCAUGAACCCAUGAACCAACCUGACUGAUUCAACUCCUCCUCGUUCACCAUUCCAUCCGUCCUUCUUCCUUCUUCCUUUUCUUCUUCUCCUCUUCUUCUUGUGCUUUGCCAGUAUCCGCUCUUGCCCUUCGAUUGUGCCCUCUCUUCGCCUCUCCUUCUUUAGCCCCGAUAUCCCAGUUCAAGACGUCCAGCAGCGCAUGUCACAACCAAGAACACAACGCCACCACCACGGCGCUUCUUCCUCCAUAGACAACUCCCAGAUCAACACCAGCACCAGCGCUAGCACCGACAAUGCCGCCUCUAAUCCAGGAAGGCCGCGGAUAAAUCGCCCCAAGUCCUCGCCCUCUACCGUCAACAACUUUCUUACGCACCGUCCCGCGCUCUCCUCGUCGCCAUCCUCGACAGCGUCCUCAAAUACAGCCUCGACAAGAAGAGCGCGGCCAGGAAGUUCUGUUCUGCCAGGCAUGUUCCGACCCAAGAGUAGCUACCAGGCAGUGACAUGGAAGGAAAACCUGGACGCGUUCAACCGACGAUUACGUCGAGGGAGUCUUAGUUUGGAUGCUGCUGUUCAGGAAGAGGAGGAGCUGCUUGUGUCUCAUGCAGGUUCACAAACCAAGGCUCAGCAGCAUCAGCAACAGGCCGAGCAUCUCGAUCAGGAUGGCGCUCAAGCACGCAAUGUAUCUCCAGGAUUGGGCGAGCACGCUCAACUCUUGGGGAGCCAGGAGCAUUCAAAACCGUCGUACAACGCUGCAGGGACUUAUGGUGCCACUGCGGUUGGCCUGCCCUUCUCUGAAAAUGGCCGAUCGAAUCAAAACCGUCCCAACCAGCAGGGUGCCAGAUCAGAGCCCGUCUUCCCAACCCAGCUCAAUCCUGCUCUUGCAACCACCAAAAGGUCAAAACUAGGGGUCUUUUCUGGCGUCUUUGUCCCAUGCGUCCUGAGUAUCUGGGGCAUCAUCCUGUUCUUGCGUUUCGGGUUCAUCAUCGGUCAGGCAGGUGUGAUGGGUACGAUGGCCAUGUUUAUUGUCGGCUACGCGAUCAAUGUCUUUACGACCCUCUCACUGAGUGCCAUCAGCACCAACGGAACCGUAAGAGGCGGCGGUGUGUACUACCUGCUCAGUCGCAGCUUAGGGCCCGAGUUUGGCGGGAGCAUUGGACUCAUUUAUUUCCUGUGCACGGUCAUUGGCUGCGGCAUGAACGUGCUUGGUUUCGUGGAGCCGCUGAUUGCGAACUUUGGCGAGGUUUCAGGGACGAUGUACCGGGUCUUGCCCGAGGGACCUCUAUGGGGAUUUAUCUACGGAACGAUAUUGCUUAUCUCCUGCACGCUUGUCUGUCUCGUCGGGUCCAAGUUAUUUGCUCGGUCAUCGUUGGUUCUGGCCGUCAUCAUCCUGAUAUCGACCUUGUCUAUCUUUGUAUCCUUUGCAUUCAUGCCUCCGUUCACACACCCCGAGCGUAAUAUCGAGUACACAGGAUUUUCAUGGGAUACCUUACAAGAAAACAUGUGGCCAAAUUUCACCACAACCAAUGGACCGGAGGGCGCAAAGCAGAGCUUCCAGACAGUCUUUGGUGUGCUCUUUCCCGCCUGUAUCGGCAUUCUUGCAGGUGCAUCCAUGUCUGGAGAUCUAGAAGAUCCAAGCAAGUCCAUCCCAAAGGGUACUCUCUGGGCAGUCGGAUCUACAUUUUGCGUAUACACCCUGAUAGUCAUUUUGAUGGGUGGAUCCAUCUCGAGGAGUACCAUGUACACUGAUCUCAGUGUACUACAAGAUGUAUCUAUUUCGCCAAUCUUUAUUGCCUCUGGGGGGCUCGCAGCCUCCGUAUUUGCCACUCUCGGUUGCGUGAUCGGUGCGGCCAAAAUUCUACAAGCGAUUGCUCGUGAUAACUUGCUUCCACUCCUAUCAGUCUUUGGUCAGGGCACACCCAAGACAGAUGAGCCGACACUUGCAGUCUUGCUGACAUACAUCCUUUGCCAAUUCUGUCUCUUGCUCACAGACAUGAAUGCGAUCGCGACAUUUGUGUCCCUUAUCACACUCCUCACAUUCUUGAUCCUCAACCUGGCGUGUUUUCUUCUCAAGGUCGGAUCGGCACCCAACUUUCGACCUAGCUUUCGGUUCUUUCACUGGUGGACGGCUUUUGGUGGAAUGGUCCUGUCCGCAGUCGUCAUGUGUUACGUAGAUCUUGGACAGAGUCUUUUAAGCGGUCUCAUGACGGCCGUACUGUUUAUCUGGAUCCAUUACUGGUCUCCGCCGAAGCGGUGGGGAGACGUGACGCAGAGUUUGAUCUAUCACCAAGUCCGCAAGUAUCUACUUCGAUUGGAUUCUCGAAAGGAACACGUCAAGUUUUGGCGACCACAGAUCCUUCUUUUGGUACAUCACCCAAGAUCUGAGUACAACUUGAUCCAAUUUUGCAAUCACCUCAAGAAAGGCGCUCUUUAUGUUUUGGGACAUGUCAUCUUAGGCGAUCUCAGGGAUGUCUUGCAGGAGUUUAGGCGGCAGCAGAGCAGUUGGCUCAAGUUUGUGGACGUUUUGCACAUCAAGGCAUUUGUCAACCUAAGCGUCGCAGACAGCGUACGGAUAGGAGCCAGGAACUUGCUCAUAGGGACAGGGCUUGGCGGCAUGCGACCUAACAUUGUUGUAUUGGGAUCCUUCAACCUUCAGCGAUACCUGCUCCAGAAGCAGAAACAGCAGCCAAACACUCCGGAACACCAUGUUCUGUCUCCUGACAUACAAAAGGGGUCAUUUAUGCCUGCGACAAUGAACAACCCGUGUGCAGAUCAUACGCUGCUUAAUGUUCCAGUCAGUCUGCCGAUCGACAAUAUUCGAGUCGAGACGCCGAUCGCGAUCACGGAUUAUGUCUCGAUCAUUGAGGAUGUCUUGUCGUUAAAUAAGGCUGUUGCUAUCGGGUACGGAUUCGAGCGGCUAGAGCUCCCAGAGGAGCACAAGGCGCUUUGGAAUCCGCUCAACCUUCUCAGCCUCAGAUCCAGCAUUCUCUCGCUAAAGUCAUUGUUUACUCCUCAGUCUCGCCCAUCCUCUUUGCACAAAGUUGGAGAAAGCAACCAGAAGCGAUACAUUGAUCUGUGGCCAAUGCAGAUGUCCAUGGCGCCUAUGCAGUGCGUUGAUCCAAGCCAGCAACAACUCAACUUUUCUGCUCACAUGCGCGCCUCAAGAGAUCAGAACCCUAUUUCUCCUAUGUUGCAUACAUCGCCGAGCGGGGGCGCCAUGUUCUCGGAGGGCGGCUACAACUCCAACAAAUCGACAGAGGGCAACUUAACCAAUUUUGACACAUAUGCGAUGGUGCUUCAGAUGGGUUGUAUUCUCCACAUGGUACCGCUUUGGAAGGACAACUAUUCGCUCCGCGUCAUGGUCUUUGUCGAGUACAAGGAGGAUGUGGAGGAGGAGAGAAAGAGGCUGAGUGCUCUACUAGAAAACCUGCGUAUUCCAGCAGAGGUCAAUGUCAUGUGUCUGGAUGGGGGCGACAGUGAAACCUAUGCGCGACUUGUUCGAGGAGAGAAUCUGUAUGACGCAAGGGAUUAUAGUGUCGACGAUGGUUUCGAAUCAGACGGUAUCGAAGGGACGGAGGAGGUUGCUGCUGAUCCUGUUGCCUCUAUCACUUCGAAACCUGGACCUUGGAAUAUCAACCCGCGCUGGCAACAGCACGAACCACUGGAAGAGGAGGACGAGGAGGAUGAAGAAGGGGAGGAGACUGAGGCUGAAGGAUCAUCGCGGGCACAUAAUGAUGGACAUUACCCUUCUCGCGAAGUUGGGUCGCACUCGAAUGCUGGGGACCAGGGUCUUUUCGACAAGGCAAGAGAAAGCUCCUCCCCAAGCAUUUCAUUAGGGAGCCCUGCUCGAUCAUUUGGGCGCGAUCCUAUACUCCAGCCCUCGGGACCACCACCAGGACCGCCACAAAGACGACGCACGAUCUCGCAUCCGGACAAUCAACAACAGCGCCCCGCAAGGUCUACUUCCCUUCGGGUCAACACUGCAUUAUCGCCACGGCUACGACACGGAUCGCCCAUCGCUGCUGUUUCCGCCCACCCUUCAUCGUCCCCACACCGUGCCUUUGGCAGUGGCGGAGGCGGUGUGCGAUACCGCGGAGGCAUGGCUGGCUCCACUUCGCCCAUGGAAAGCCGUCUAGGAACUUCGGCGCCUUUGAAUACCUCCAUGAACUUUCGGAUUGCGGUUCCUCUGCCGCGUCAGUACCUUGAUACACACGGUACUAAUUCUGAAAGCGAAUCGGAUUCUAUGAGCAGCGAGGACGAUGAGGACUAUGACCGCAACGACGAUGAUCUCGUAUACAGCGGGGUGUAUUUACCACAGCAGUUGCCUCCUGCGGUACAACGGCUUUAUCCGUUGCAGCAGCAGCAAUUACUAUUGAAUCAAACAUAUAAACCGCCUUCACAACAGGCGCCGAUGGAGCCUAAACAGCAACCACGGCAGUUGGCGUCUGCUCAUACCUCUUUAGGUUCACAACAGCAACAGCAACAACAACAGCAACAACAACAGCAAGGGCUUGGGAUAAGUCUUGGACUCGCCUCUGCGGCGACGGAGCAGGACUCUAUCAACCAAGCACAUUGCUUGCAGCAGCAGCAUUCAGUAUACCCAGUAGCAACACCUCAAACAUACCAGCAGCAACAGCAGCAACAGCGAGACCCUUUGUCUCCAACAGCUAAUGAUAGCAACUCGCAUCCUUGGGCCACAUCCGCUGGCACUGAUGUGUCUUCGUUCCCGACCAAUCUAUACAGUCGUAACCCUGAGCUUCAGCAAUGUAGUAUGUCGCAGGAAAUGGCUGCGCCCGAGAUGGCGACAGGAGGAGCACCUAUUUUGCCUGGAUCACCGCCGCCACCGAACCUUGAUUCAUUUGGCUUUGGCCACGAGGACCCGCUCUCAACACCUCCCUUGCCGUUGCCACCGAUCCAAUUUGACCACCUGAGUUCAGAGACACAGCUGAGGAUAUUGAACGAACUGAUGCGGAUCCAUUCGUCCGCAGAGACGACGUCAAUCAUUUUUACAACGGUUCCAGCGCCCGAGCCAGGGACAUGUCUGAGAGAAGAGAGUUCUUUGGCGUACCUCGAGAACCUGGAUCUGUUGAUGGAGGGAAUUGACGUCCCUGUAUUGUUGCUCCACGCCAAGAGCUUGACGGUUACUAUGACCUUGUAAACAAUACGGCGUUACACCGUCAUAGGGAAAGUCUUGGAAAAGAAGCAAGGAAAUAGACAAACUCAAUAAAACAAACUGAAGCACAUGC